AUGAGUGAAGAAGACAAGAAGAUCGAGGAGGUUCCCGAGAAGGUGUCCGAGCAGGAACAAGUGGAAGUCAACAAGGAACAAGUUGAAUACAUUGAGAUUUAUAUCCGAUUCAAUGACGACUUUGAAAAGGACUAUUGUUUCCAAGUUCUGGUGAAGGAUACGUUUGCUGACUUGUAUAAGAUCUUUGAAACGUUACCACUUUCACUUAGACCUUCAGUAUUCUAUCAUCAUGUUCCUAAGGGGUUCCGUAUGUCUGUGGAUCCAGGUUAUCUUACUGAAGACGGGGCCAUUUUGUUUACUUACGAUGCUGCUAGAAAUACCAGGUUGGUUAAGGAUACUGAUGUUAUCGCCGAGACUGUUUGGCCAGGUCAAUUGAUUGUUCCAAACUGGGAAAGAAACGAUUUUGGGUUCUACGCAACCGUUACCUUCUUCUUGGUUUGGUUGUACACUGAUUUGCCAGACUUUAUAUCCCCUACUCCAGGUCUUUGUAUGACUACUUAUAUGACUGAAUUCCUUUGUUGGAUUCUCCGGAAAUUUGAUUACGCUUACUUAUCGGAUAAACUUCUCGCUGAUUUGUAUGAAGAGGUUGGCAUAGUGCCCCAAUUGCUUUUCUUUACUAUGCACAUCUUCAAGACGUUGAUUUUCUUCAGUAUCCUCUACUUUGGUUCCUUUAACCCCUACCAACCAUUCAAGUAUUACCUCAGAAAUGUUCCUCCUCCAGUUACCCCUGAACAAUUGACUGAGAUAGGCUGGACCGGUGCGCGCAGAGCAACCAUGGACAUGUACCGUGACCAUUACCGUGACUACAAGAUCAAGGAGCACGAUGGAAUGGUCCAUGCUCACAAGAUGGGUCUCUUUGACAAGUUGAAACAUUUGGGUGUUGUUUUAGGCGAAGGUGAAGGCUUUGAUACUCCAAGACGCGGACCUCGGAAAACUCUUGCUGAUAACGGGAAGAAGUUUUAUAUUUCCUUUGACUACUUGAUCAAAUUGGGUGAUUUCUUUGAACAGUAUACUGCACAAGAAGAUGUUGAUUUGGCUGCUUCAAUCAAAGAGUACCGUCGUUACGGCUUGUUGCACGGUAGUGAUGAGAUACAUGAAAAGGUUGCAGAACGUAAGGCCGCUGUAUUCUCUACCUAA